AUGUCCAUUCCAGAAUUACCGUUCGAGAUCAUCAAUAAAAUCGCACACUUUGUUCCACGUAAAGACAGAGUUGAAUGUAUUACUGUAUGUAGCCUGUGGAGAGCUGGCUUCCAAGAGUCACUAUGGACAGAAAUAAACAUACGAGACGCAAAACACCUUGAUUAUAUCUGUGGCCUAUCAACAGAUCAGCUUAAUAUCUAUAAAGUGUACGGAAGAUGCACACGAACAUUACACCUUCCAAGCUUCAGCUAUAUUGAUAAAAAACAAUUCUCUGUGCUCCAGAACUAUUUUCAAGAAAUACAAUGCCUGUAUGCCCCUGAGGAGAGUCUCUCUACCAUCAUCAGAGACCAACAAUCGGACUGGAGUAUUUGGGGAUCAUUAAAGUAUUUAAAGCUAUGUAUUCCCAAAACUCAUCUUUGUGGACGAGUCAGAGAAGUUUUCGGAAUCCUGUCGGUUUUACCCCUGCUUUCUCAAUUAGAUCUCACAACAAGCGGUAGUGGAGACAUACACACAUACGUUCUUGAGGACUUUGAAACUAUCCACCAAAAUCUGCCUCUCUUGAGAGACUUAUCCAUAAGACCAAAUCUGGGGAAGUUUUCCUCGCACGAUCUCGUGGGUAUCACAAAAGUAGCACCAGCAAAGCAUCUGUCACAUAUGAAAACCCGUUUUGACGGAAGCGAAUUAAAGUGGCUAGACUACUUUUCAACAAAAUAUCCAAAUCUGCAGACGCUGGAAUUGGAAGAUUCUAUGGAUGUAGAAUCCAAGUAUAUAGAGCAUGUAAAGGAUCUUCAAACAGUCUAUCAAGCUUUAGGAGUUUUCCCGCGCCUCAAGAGUCUUGAAGUAUCAAGUCGCCAAUCAGAAAAUGUAGCAUGUUUUAAUCUAUGGAAAAUUAUUCAGCGAUUAUCUUUACCAAUUAAAAAACUAAGGCUUGAAUUAUCAAAUUCGGGAUCAAGCCAAAUCAAACGCCAGAUCAGUCUGUGUUAUCAAUCUUUUGGAGAAUCCCUCGAAGAAUUUGCUUUCAAAGACCCAAGCUUUCUUCCUUGCAACCUUGACAUUCCAAAUAAACUGGGCGUGUGGCCUCGUUUGGUAACCCUAGAGCUGGAUAUACAACAUGCCUCAUUUCCAGUCGAUAUUAUUCUGUAUAAAUGUAAAACAUUAAAGAGUAUAAGGCUCUCUGCAGCUAAAAUAUUUAUAAUGGAACCCAUAUAUUCAGCCACUCAACAUCAUGGUCUGGUCUCGAUACAUUUGCGGAAGACAAAUGUGAGUGCAGCAGUAUUCAGCUACAUUUCAGCGUGUUGUUUGAAGCUAUCUCGCAUGAGCCUUCUUGAUGUGUGCAUAUUUGGUCCAACCUCUCAAUUUACUGGACAUCUCAGCAUAUGCAUGAAAUACACUCGUUUCUCUCACCUCUACUUUAAAAAUGUUCUAUUUUCGUCGUCUGUUCAAAACUGGUGCUCUGAUACUGCAAUAAAUAUACUUAUUUUCUCUCAAUCAUCCGUUUUGAAACCACAAGAAAUCAUUCCAGAUAAAUAUCAGUCAGUAAAAUAUGAUAAUCCGACACAAGAUUCCUCGUCAAGGUGGUUUCACACCUACUCGAUCGACACAAGUGAUCUUCCAAAGAGUGAGGUGCGGAUAUUAAAUAUAGAAGAGAUCCAACAUGCCCAAAAAUAUUUCGAUUCGUAUCGGACUAAUGCCAGAAAAGAAAUAUACUCUGAAGAUGUCCUACGAUCAAGUACGGGACAGUUGAGCAAGGAGUUGUGGAAGUUUGAUUUAUCUCGAGGAUAUGCCUCCUUUUAUUGCGAUUACACGGAAAGCUACUGUCUAGAUUUUACACCCAAACCCUAUGAAUAA